UUUUCUGAAUUACUAAAAAAAAAACAGAACACGCCUUCUCUCUCUCAUAAGUCACAAUUCACCAACGAAAACCCCCCUUAUCCCUCUCUCACAAUUCACCUGCCCAUGCUAAACCCUAUCAGAACGCCACCACUUUCGCCGCCGGCGGUGACAGACAGCGGUUGCCGUCGUCGCCUCUCGAAGGUCUGAUCGGCCCUCGCCUCCUGGAUCCUCUCUCCUCGACGUCGCCAGAAGGUCUGCUCGGAGUUGUUGGCGUCGCAGUCUCCAUCGUCGUCGUCAAGCCAGUCUCCGUUGUCGGCCCUGAACUCGUCUUCUCUGUCCUCGUCAUCAAGCCUCUGUCUUCGAGCCCCUCUCUUUCUGUCCGAGCUCACUUUCCUUCCUCCUUCGUCGCCGUAAAGUGAUAGCAUUGGUGAAACAGAAGGUGGAGUUGAUGAAGGUCAUGGUGAAAAACCGAAAAAUCGAAUCAAAUCAAUCAAUUUCAAUUCAGUUUGGUUGGCCUCGAAAAAAAUCAAACCAAACCAAACCAAACCAAUUAUUUUUUUUACAAUUGGAUCGGAUGUUUUUUUUUUUCCUAAACACCAAAGCAAAUCGCAUUGCGAACACCCACAGUGUCCAUAUCUCCUCAACAGAAACAAAGGACACUAACCACGAAUAUACACCCACAAUUAGCAUUGACUUGCCCUCGCCUGCUCACCUUCUUGAGCCACCACCAUGACCUCACUGAGUCUACACAGAUCAUUUCUCCGCUCUACCAAGAUCCUAAUCACCCUGUCUUCCCGUCGCAUCAUCUCCUUCAAUUUUUCACAAAACCCAAACCAACCAUCUUUUUAUUCUUCUCGCUCCAAUUGCCCAAUUGGGUCUCCAUCUAAAGUCCAGAAGCUCAUAGCUUCCCAGUCGGACCCUCUUCUUGCCAAAGAAAUUUUUGAAUGCGCCUCUCGCCAUCCCAACUUUCGCCAUUCUUACUCUACCUACCUCAUUCUUAUCCUCAAAUUGGGCCGCUCAAGGCGAUUCUCCCUUGUCGAUGACCUUGUUCGCCGCCUCAAAUCCGAAUCCUACCCAAUCACUCCUACCCUGUUCUCCUACUUGAUCAGAGUCUAUGGUGAAGCUGAUUUACCCGAUAAGGCCCUCAAAACCUUCUACACUAUGCUUCAAUACGGUUUCAAACCUUUGCCCAAACACCUCAACCGCAUUCUUGAGAUUCUUGUAUCCCACCGCAACUUUGUUCGACCUGCAUUCGAUCUCUUCAGGGAUUCUCAUAGGCACGGUGUGUCACCCAAUACUCAGUCCUACAAAAUUCUCAUGCGGGCUUUCUGUUUGAAUGGAGAUAUUAGCAUUGCCUACCACCUGUUCAACAAAAUGUUUAAGAGAGAUAUUGUUCCUGAUAUCGAGUGUUACCGGAUUCUGAUGCAGGCAAUGUGUAGGAAGAGUCAAGUGAAUGGAGCUGUGGAUUUGUUGGAGGAUAUGUUGAACAAAGGGUUUGUUCCUGAUUCUUUGACUUACACCACUUUGUUGAACAGUUUGUGUAGGAAGAAGAAGCUUAGAGAAGCUUACAAGCUUCUUUGUAGGAUGAAGAUCAAAGGGUGCAAUCCUGACAUAGUUCAUUAUAAUACUGUUAUAUUGGGGUUCUGCAGGGAAGGGCGCGCCCAUGAUGCCUGUAAAGUUAUUGCUGAUAUGCAGAACAAUGGGUGCUUGCCUAAUGUUGUGUCAUAUCGAACUUUGGUUGGUGGGUUAUGUGACAAAGGAAUGCUUGAUGAGGCAAAUAACUACAUGAAGGAGAUGCUGUCUAAAGGUUUUUCUCCGCAUUUUGCUGUUAUUCAUGGCCUAGUAAAGGGUUUCUGCAAUGUUGGUAAGAUUGAGGAAGCUUGUGGAGUUCUAACCAAAUCGCUUGAGCAUGGGGAAGCUCCUCAUAUGGAUACCUGGGUGACCAUAAUACCUUUAAUAUGUGAAGUGGACGAUGGUGUGAGGAGCAGAGAUGUUUUGGAGCAAGUUCUCAAGAUUGAAAUAACAAGUCAUACUAGAAUAGUGGAUGCUGGCAUUGGUUUGGAGAAUUACUUAAUUAGGAAGAUACGAGCCAAUCCAAGAGCAUCUUAAUGCAUGUUUUUGUCCCCUAUGUUGGAUCAGCUUCAUUUUUAGUUGAAAAUGGGUUUAAACUCUAUCUGUGGAGUGCAGACACGCUUAUAAUUUAAUUGCAAAGAUGCAUGAACUCAUUAUAAUGCAGAACAAAAUGUAGUCAGCUUGAUGGCCUUCAGCUCAGCAAAGGCAAUUUCAGAAUCAUGAGAGGGAGACAUUUGGACGUCUUAGGACAAGCUGUCCUCAGUAAGGGUGCCCCAACAUGCAACAUGAAGAGUGAGCACUUUGGAAAGGCCACAAGGUGCUGCAGAGGACAAUGUGGCUCAAGGCAGAUGGUCUUGUCUUCUUGACUAGCGUAAUUUGAUUGAUGGGCCUACUUGCAUCAGUGAAGGUGUUCCUGUGGAUACUGGACUACUGGAGAAGCCGUGCAGCAUUCUCCUGUAAGUAUAGAGGUAGUUGGCUAGUGGCUGAAAUAGGCAGAUUCUGCUCUUGUGACAUUGGUGUUUGCCGGAGCUAGAAUUUGUAAUAAUGACAGUUCUAAAAAUGCCUUAACAUGGAAGCUUCAUGGAAAUUGCCAAUUGUUUUUGUUAUUGAAAACAAUUUAUGGGCUAUUUGGAAUUUGGAUGUCAGAUCUCACGGCAACUUCAAUUCCUCAGGAAUGGAAGAACGGACCAGCAUUUGGAAUGCCAGGGAUUCAGGUUGAUCGAAUACAUGUUUUGAAGUUCAGGGAAGUUGGAAAUGAUGCAUAAGAAAGAGCCAGAGGAGAUGGACCAACUUUAUAAACCUAACUACUUAGUAGAGGUCAGUAGUUAUUCUUUUUCUUUUCCUUCCUCAUUUAUCACCAAUGUUAUAUACUUACGAGGACAAAGUAUUUGAUGCAUAUUUUUGAGAGUUACAUUUGAUGCCUUAAAUAUUUACAGAAUUGUCCCAACUUAUUUUUUGUAUUUACCGUUAGAGACAAAACUUCAUAUAUUCUUUAAACAAUCCCGCACAUGAUUACAAAAUCAGCAACACUCGUCCAAGCUAAGAACAAGAAGAACAGAGACGAUAAAAUGAACUACCUUCGAGUCCACCCGAAGACGUGCAUCUCCCUUGAACUUGGUAGUAUCAGCAACACUUGUCCUAUCUAAGAACAAGAAGAAUAGAGACAAUCAAAUGAACUACCCUCGAGUUCAGCCGAAGACGUGCAUCUCCCCCUGGGAGUGGGAGCACUCAGGCAGAUCGAACUUUAGUAUCAGCAACACUUGUCCAAGCUAAGACCAAGAAGAACAGAGACAAUAAAAUGAACUAGCUUCGAAUAAAAUGAACAGAGAGGAAGUUUGUUAAUUUUGAAAGAAAAAAAUUUAUUUUAAUUAUAAUUAAAAAAAUAUUGGGUGACAAAUUUUGAUUUCUUAAAUUACUAAUAUAAAAUAUAAAUUAUAAAUUAUAUAUAGAGUAGGAAGGAUAGAGAGAAGUAGAAAAAGGGAGAGAGAUAGAAGAGAGAAUUUAAGAAGGGGGUUUAUUAAUUUUGGAGAAAAAUAUUUUUUCUUAAUUUUAAUAAGAAAAUGUCAUGUGACACAUUUGGUUAUUAAAUUAGACGAUAAUAUAUAAAUAUAUAAUAAAUUAUAUAUAGAGUGAGAAGAGUAGAGAGAAAUAAAAAAGG